GUCGUCGCCGUCGACGACCUGUCCUUCCAGGUCGCGCGCGGCGAGGUCUUCGGCCUGCUCGGCGCCAACGGCGCGGGCAAGACGUCGACGAUCGACGUUUUGGUGCGCCACGCGGCGCCCGCGGCGGGCGACGCGAGAAUCCGCGGCGUCUCCGUGUUGGCGGACUUCGAGGCGGCGUCGAAGGGGCUCGGCUUCGUGGCCCAGGACAACACCUUAUGGCCGACGCUCACGUGCCGGGACCACCUGCGGCUCUUCGCGCGGCUCCGCGGCGCCGCGGACGGCGCGGCGUUCGAGGCGAAGAUCGACUACACGCUCGACCGCCUGGACCUGCGGCGGCACAAGUCCAAGCAGGCCCACGCGCUGAGCGGCGGCGCGAAGCGCAAGGUCUGCGUCGCCGUGGCGCUCGUGGGGGACCCGGCCUGCGUGCUGCUCGACGAGCCGUCCGCGGGUCUCGACCCCGUCGCGCGGCGGAAACUGUGGAACGUCGUCGCGGAGACGGCGGGCAGCCGCGCCGUCGUGCUGACGACGCACCUCAUGGACGAGUGCGAGGCGCUCUGCGACCGCCUCGCGAUCCUGGUGCGGGGGAAGCUCCGCUGCCUCGGCACGUCGCAGCGCCUC